ACUGAACCAGCGAUAACUGUUAUUUAUGCUUUUGUCUCCCGCAUACCCUUACAAGCAGUAUUGCAAAUUUGGCCUGAUGUUUGUAACGCUUAGGAGGGAAUAGCAUUGGGUUUUCUGGAUUCCAUAUGUAUUUACAUAAAUGACAAUGAAAGUGAUUUUCCAUUAUCUUCGUAUCUCGAGCAAAGUUCCAACUUUCCACGUGAUACGCGAGGUUUAUGAUAGCAGCAAUGCCCACGAGCGCUUCGAAGCAGAGCUGGAUAAGGCGCUGGAAGCCAAGGUGGACUAUAUUAUUAUAGAGCCGCCACGACUGGGUGAUGAGACCGGUCGUUGGAUAACAGUAGGAAAUUGUCUCCAUAAAACAGCCGUGGCCAGUGGUGUUGUUUCACUCAUUUCCAGUCUUUUGUGGCACGAUCGACCGGUAAUUGCAGCGCCGGUUUGUGCCAUAUCGCUCUUUUGUACGGGUCUGUACACGGUCUCCUGGAAUUACGAUCCCUGUUGCCAGUACCAGGUAUUAGUGGAGAAUAACGAGGCCGUGUUAAACAAACUGCCGUUAACAGAUGUAUCCUCGCCUGUGAUUUUGGGCUAUUCCCCAAAUACAAAAACCAAAUACUUGCAUAGAGGAGUCACCUUCUUAUCGGCAGCUCUGUGCGCGUGGCAGAUUUGGCGAUCGUACAAGUAAAAUACGAAGCGGAAGCAGCAAUCAGAAGUAGCAGCUACAGCAGCAGCAGCCACAACAAUGGGCGUGGCAGCUUUCAGAGGGCGCCAACUUUCAUUUGUUUUAAAAAGAAAAACUAACUGGCUUAAGUUUAGUUAAAGCGCAUCGAUCGCCAUAGUUCAUGCAUUUCUUUAACAAUUUUCAAAUUUUUUUGGCAUACAAAAAUGUGUUUGUUAAAUCUUAAAGUGUCUUUCAUGCAAGUCAAAAGUGUUAUACUCUUCCAUCAUUUGUAUUUUUUUGUGUGGAUAUGUCUAUGCAUGUUGUUGUCUUGUCGCAGCAGGCUAUUCUUCCACUUCCCCUUUAAAUGCUGCUGUGUAUAACUUAUUAUAAAUAUCCUAGUUAUUAAUUCAGAAGCAAAGUCUUAAAAAAAUACAAAUAAAUAUAAAUCAAAUUUAGUCAGGAGCAAUGAAAGCCACGGCUCAAGCACUGUAAUUUAAUUAAGCGUAAAAAUAACAAAUGAUUUCUGUAUAAAAAUUAUCAUUGUUAUUAGAUUUAAAUAUUUAGGCACUGCAAGGGCAUUAAAUACGUAUUUAGUCAAAGGAAAAUUAAAUAAACUCGAGUGAAAUAAA